UGUGUGUUGUAUGAGAAUGAGUUCGCUUGCGUGUAUGAUUUUAUUACACUUUCAUGCUUCUCGCUCUGGCACAUAACAAAAAGUAUAGCCGACUUUUGAAGUGGAGCUUGAACAUUUAUAAAGCCUGUGCGCAAACUGCUUGUGGAAACAUUCAUUGUGCAACCGUCGUAACGUUCACAACUGACUAUUUAUAUUUGGAAACUUUAUGUAAAUUUGUAACUUUGUGGAUUACUCAAACACAUAUACAAUUAUAGAAAAGUAAACACAAAAACCACAUAAGUGAUUAUAUAUAAAAAAUUUAACUAUAACGGAAAAAUCGGAAAUGGUGCUUGAAAUGGAAAUGUCAAAAACUUAUCAAUAUCGUAAAGUAAUGAAACCCAUGUUGGAACGCAAACGUCGUGCGCGUAUUAACAAGUGUCUCGAUGAACUCAAGGAUAUAAUGGUUGAGUGUUUGACACAGGAAGGUGAACACAUAACACGUCUUGAGAAAGCUGAUAUCUUGGAACUGACAGUGGAGCACAUGAAAAAGCUACGUGCACAAAAGCAGUUGCGUUUGGGCGGUGUGCCUAAUGGUCAAGAUACAAAAGCAACUAUUGCAGAAAGUUUUCGUGCUGGGUAUAUACAUGCAGCUAAUGAAGUAUCAAAAACUUUGGCGGCUGUACCUGGCGUAAGUGUUGAUUUAGGUACACAACUGAUGAGCCAUUUGGGUCAUCGUUUAAAUUAUCUGCAAGUUGUGGUACCUACUAUACCUAUUGGAGUACCAACAGCUAAUGUGACAACCGCACAUCAACAACAACAACAACAGCAAACCCAGUUAUUACAAGGACAAUAUUUUUGUAUAACACCAGAACAACGCAGUCCUGUGAUUAUUACACCACCACCUUCUGAAUGUGGUAGUAGUGAAAGUGGCAGUUGCAGUCCAGCUCCAAGCGAAACGGGAAAUAUGUGGCGCCCAUGGUGAAGUAUUAUGGUUGACUUUGAUUUUUCCAAAACGAUGGAAAUUUUUUUUGGUAAAUAAAUCUCCCUUAAAUGGUGUCCUGCAUGGAAUAGAUUCCAAAAUGCAUAGAAAUAUGUGCAUACAGAAAGGGCACUAAGGAAAGCAGAAUACUGUGUUUAAUCAAGGCGUUUAGUAGAUUGAAACUCAGUAAUUGAAAUAACAAUGAAAAUACGCAUGCCUGAAGAGGUUGUUGGUUGCAGUGAGGAAAAAAGUUUUUCUCGGACUAAAUCUUUUAUUUGUAUUGUUGUAUUGUGAUAAGAAAAGCUUUAUUAUAAUAUAGAAAAUAAAGAAAAAGUAUUAAGAACAAUAAUUAAAUUGUGCUUAUUUAUUUAAAAUAUAUUAUGUUUUAUUUAUAAAUAAUUGCAAUAUGCUUUAACAUUCUAAGAAAUUCGUUAACAUUCAAAUAUUCCCUUAAAUUUGAGCAUUCCGUCAAAAAUGUUUGUUUAUUUAAAGAAAGUGGAAGAUUAAUACUGCUCU